AUGGCCUCUCCCAACCAGUCCCGCUUCAUCCAGCUUGCCCAGUCGCUGCCGCCUCAGCUGCAGCGCUUCUUCGCCCGCUGGCCGCCCGCCGCCCUCUUGCCCAAAGGCGGCGCCGGCGAACCGACCAGGUACCAGGCGGAGCGGCCGAACCCUUUCCGCUUCUACAAGAACCCGGCGACAGGCCACUGGCAGGACCCCGUCUACUCGCAGCGCCGACAGGCCCAGCUCGUGCGGAUGGCGCGCGAGCACGGCGUCGAGCAGCUGCUGCCCGAGACGAGAAAGGGCACCGAGUACCGCCUGGCGCACCGCGUGGAGCACGGCCUGAGGGUCAAGGGCACGGGUGUGGGACAGAAGGUCAAGGGCCACAUUUACGAGAGACACAUGAUUGCCAAGAUGGAGGAGAAGAGAAAGGCCAUGCUGGAGAUGCCCAGGCUCAUCAAGGCCUGGAAGCGGAUCGGGAAGAGGAACUGGACCAAGUUUCCGAAAUAA